AUGGAACCUGGUACGAUAUUAGCGGUAGUUCAACUUGUAUCUUCUGUCAUCAAACUCAGUCGUCAUAUCACCUUCGAGUUCUUCGGACCGGAUACCGCGCCCGGGAAGCUCAGGGCUCUCAACGAGCGCCUCCAAAGUUUCAACACUUUGCUUGGAGACAUCCUGAAGGAUCCCAGAGCACCUGACAAGCUAUCGAGAGCAGCAUACCCCGACAGCAUCUCCGUCCUCAAGACCCUCAAGGAAUUUUAA